AGAAACGGUCACGCCCCCUACUUUAAUCUUGCCUCCUCGAACUCCGUAGCCGUGGAGACCUCCAUUCCCCCUUGCGCGGUCAAGCCUCGCCUCUUACUGGAGUUUGCGCAUGCUCCGCGUCCCCCUCCCACCACCGCGUAGGGCCUACCAAGAGGCUGGGCCUGGCGGGCCCGCCCCCUUUAACCGCAAGGCGGUGUGACAGAGCCUUAGCGAGGGCGUCGGAGAGGCGGCGUUAGGGUGCUGUUGUUGUUGUUGUCGUCAGCGGCGCGGCCCCUUCGCGCUCCCCUCAGCCCCGGCCCUCCUUUCUUGCUUUCUUCCCUUCCCUGCCAGGGGGUGAGGACUCGGCAGCAGGCGCUGCCCCCGGCCAUGGUCCCCCGCCCGCCGUCUUGGAGGCAGGAGGAACCGGAGCGGCCGCCAUUGCCUGAGGGGGCUGCGAGGCGGCUGCGGGAGGAUGGACGCUGACGAGGUGACCAUCCGCGAGCAGAACUUCCACAGCCAAGUGCGGGAGUACACGAUCUGUUUUCUUCUGUUUGCUAUUCUGUAUAUUGUUUCCUACUUCAUUAUCAGAAGAUACAAGAGGAAAGCAGACGAGCAAGAAGAUGAGGAUGCAAUUGUCAACAGAAUUUCGCUGUUCUUGAGUACCUUUACUCUUGCCGUUUCAGCUGGUGCCGUCCUCCUCCUACCUUUCUCAAUAAUCAGUAAUGAGAUCCUGCUUUCUUUUCCGCAGAGCUACUAUAUUCAAUGGUUAAAUGGCUCCCUAAUUCAUGGUUUAUGGAAUCUUGCGUCCCUGUUUUCCAAUCUUUGUUUGUUUGUAUUGAUGCCCUUUGCUUUCUUCUUUCUGGAGUCUGAAGGCUUUGCUGGCUUAAAAAAGGGGAUCAAAGCCCGCAUUCUGGAAACUCUUGUUAUGCUCAUUCUUCUUGCACUGCUUAUCCUUGGAAUUGUGUGGGUGGCUUCAGCUCUCAUAGACAAUGAUGCAGCGAGUAUGGAGUCUCUGUAUGAUCUUUGGGAAUUCUACCUCCCUUAUUUAUAUUCCUGUAUAUCACUGAUGGGAUGUUUAUUACUUCUGAUAUGCACGCCAGUGGGACUUUCACGAAUGUUUACAGUGAUGGGUCAGUUGCUUGUUAAACCAACGAUCCUUGAAGACCUGGAUGAACAGAUUUACAUCAUUUCUUUAGAAGAAGCAGCCAUCCUGCGGAGGCUAAAUGGUGUAUCUUCUCCCGUAGAGUAUAAUACCAAGCAGCUGGAACAGGAACUUAAGAAUGUGAGGAGCAUGAAGAUAAAAUUGGAACGGCGGAAAAAGGCUUCUGCAUGGGAGAGGAAUCUUGUGUAUCCAGCUGUAAUGAUACUGCUGUUAAUUGAAACGGCCAUCUCGGUCCUCUUAGUUGCUUGCAAUAUUCUUUGUCUUCUGGUGGAUGAAACUGCAAUGCCAAAGGGAUCAAGGGGGUCUGGCAUAGGAAAUGCCUCUCUGUCGACAUUUGGUUUUGUGGGAGCAGCUCUGGAGAUCAUUUUGAUUUUCUAUCUUAUGGUCUCCUCUGUCGUUGGCUUCUACAGCCUGCGUUUUUUUGGAGAUUUCACUCCCAGAAAGGAUGACACGACCAUGACGAAGAUAAUUGGAAACUGUGUUUCCAUCUUAGUCCUCAGUUCGGCCUUGCCAGUUAUGUCAAGAACCCUGGGCAUUACCAGAUUUGACCUCCUUGGAGACUUUGGAAGGUUUAACUGGUUAGGAAACUUCUACAUUGUGUUAUCCUACAAUCUGCUUUUUGCCAUUAUGACAACCUUGUGUCUCGUCAGAAAAUUCACCUCUGCAGUUAGAGAAGAGCUCUUCAAAGCAUUGGGUUUAGACAAACUUCAACUUUCACACAAUGCAAGAGACUCUGAGGCAGCGAAGUCCUCUGCCAAUGGGCACCAGAAAACAUUGUGAACAGCAGCUGGCGGAGCUGAGAUCUUUUGACUUCAUGACAUUCCUGUCACUUCAUCACCCUUGGCUUUUUUUAAAAAAAUUGCUUUUGUUUGUAUAUUGGGGUCCAAGUUGAUAAAAAUGCAACCGAGAGAGCUGGAUGCAUGAGACUGCACUCAUUUCUUGCUGGGAUGGGUCUGUCUUAAUUAGUCAGAUGGUGCAGAGACAUCUGGAAAUUAUAAAGAAAACUGCUUUCCUCUUUGAA